AUGUGCUGUAAGCGGAAAUUGGUGAAAAGGAGAAUAAAAGUACCGGUGUGUACAGUACGGCAAGGUUUCUUAAAAAAGACAGGUUCAUUAAAACCACAAACUGCAACUAGUUCCACAAAAAGCGCUGUUAGUCAAACGAAAAAUAAGCAGCCAGUAGACAAAACAGUAGUAAUAAAAGUGGCCAAAAAAAUCGACAUUGGUACGCCAAAAGAAAUGAAAAAAGAUUUAGAAGCAACUCAAGAAGAUGGAUUCGAUAGCGAUAGAAGUAGAGGUAUUGUAGAAACGACGAACGUGAAAUGUCUAGGCAAUUUGGACGAAAUUAUAAAGAAUCGCAAAUUGAAAAUAGAUAAAGAGAUAGAAGAAAUGAAAUCUACACAUGAAAUGGAUGAUUUCAAACCUCUUAAGCCAGUUACCGAUCCAAAACUGCAUGUGAAAAUUGCGGAGAAAAAAUGUAUCCUCUACGAAACGAACGAUGAGCCAACUUUAGACGAUGAAAUAGAGGAAAGGAUACUUUAA